GAAAAAAGAAAAGCUUCUUUACGUCUCUUCAAGCCACCCUGCGUUGCCUUCUUCCUCCUUUCUUAAUUCCUCAUUAGUCUGUACCGAUUCUGGUGCCCAACAAAGAUAAAAAGUAGAGAAAGGAUCGAAUUUCAAACGUUGCUUCAGUUCCACAAAGCAUUUUUUGUAUCAUGGCAAGUUUGGGAAGGAAGAUGCUGAUUGAUGGAGAGGUUGAAAACUCAAAUGAAGGAGAUGUUCACUAUGAUUUCGAUUUGUUUGUGAUUGGUGCUGGAAGUGGUGGUGUUCGUGCUGCCCGAUUUUCAGCUCAGAGUGGUGCUAAGGUUGGGAUUUGUGAGCUUCCAUUUCACCCGAUUAGCUCAGAAGUGGUUGGAGGAGUUGGUGGGACGUGCGUGAUUCGUGGUUGUGUUCCUAAGAAGAUUUUGGUCUAUGGAGCAGCCUUUGGGCCUGAACUUGAGGACGCCAGGAAUUAUGGGUGGGAGUUGAAUGAGAGAAUUGAUUUCAAUUGGAAGAAACUUUUGCAUAAGAAGACAGAAGAAAUAGUCAGAUUGAAUGGAAUAUAUAAGCGGCUACUGUCAACUGCUGGAGUUAAACUCUUUGAAGGAGAGGGAAGGGUGGUUGGUCCAAAUGAAGUUGAAGUGACCCAAUUGGAUGGCACCAAAAUAAUCUAUUCGGCAAAACAUAUUCUGAUCGCAACUGGCAGCAGAGCUCAACGUCCAGCUAUUUCUGGUCAGGAGUUGGCCAUUACCUCGGAUGAGGCUUUGAGCUUGGAAGAGUUGCCUAAGCGUGCUGUGAUACUUGGAGGAGGGUACAUUGCAGUCGAGUUUGCUUCAAUAUGGCGUGGCAUGGGUGCAACUGUGGAUCUAUGUUUCAGAAAGGAACUUCCAUUGAGAGGUUUUGAUGACGAGAUGCGUGCAGUAGUUGCAAGAAAUCUGGAAGGCAGGGGAAUCCAUAUGCACCCCCAAACAACCUUGACUGAGCUGGUGAAAACAGAAGAAGGCAUAAAAGUUCGCACAGAUCAUGGAGAAGAACUGAUUGCUGAUGUUGUGCUUUUUGCUACAGGUCGGGCCCCUAAUACAAAAAGGUUGAAUUUGGAAGCUGUGGGCGUUGAACUCGAUAAAAUUGGAGCUAUAAAGGUCGAUGAAUACUCUCGGACAAACAUACCUAGCAUAUGGGCCAUUGGUGAUGUUACUAAUCGAGUUAAUCUCACUCCAGUUGCCUUGAUGGAAGGAACCUGUGUUGCAAAAACUGUUUUUGGUGGACAGCCUACAAAACCUGAUUAUGUUCACAUUCCUUGUGCUGUCUUCUGCAUACCACCUCUUUCUGUGGUUGGACUUACUGAGGAGCAGGCUAUAGAGCAAGCCAACGGCGAAUUGUUGGUUUUUACGUCGUCUUUCAAUCCAAUGAAGAACACAAUUUCUGGGCGGCAGGAAAAGACAAUUAUGAAGCUCGUUGUUGAAGCUGAGACGGAUAAAGUUCUAGGAGCAUCUAUGUGUGGUCCGGAUGCACCUGAAAUUAUGCAGGGCAUUGCUAUUGCACUCAAAUGUGGAGCAACUAAAGCUCAAUUUGACAGCACGGUGGGCAUUCACCCUUCUGCUGCUGAGGAGUUUGUUACAAUGCGGUCGGUGACUAGGCGUGUCGAUGCUGCUGGUAAACCAAGGACAAAUCUGUAAACAUCAUCACAUAGAAACAAAGAACAAAAUGAACUAUCAAGAUGUUUGAGGGUUUUUUUUCAGCGAUACUGGACUGAUGUUCAAAGUACAGUCAUGAUGCAAUGGGGGCCUGAUGCAGUACAAAACAGCACAACGUUCACAAAGCAGUCCAUAUUACAGAAGCCAGAACUCAGAACUGUGCUUCUGUAGUUUGCUAGUUAUUCAUGAUAUGUUUUUUAUUCCUAUCUUAUAGUAUCAGAACUCAGAAUUAUGUUUUUCUGUUAUUAUGCAUAUAAUCUGACCUCCAACAAGUCAUCUUGCUAUGCUUUCUUGAAGACAAUACGAGUGGGAGGAGGACCAAAAGGUGUACUUCACCUAUUUUUAAUGGCAGAUUCUAAAGAAAGAUUCUUGUGCUUUAUUUAAUAAAACAAAUCAGGCAUCUGAUCCCUUCUUCCA